CAUUGGCAGCAUUUCCCGGAGGUACGACGAUUGCCAACUUAUACGCAACCGCUCGCACUGGAGUUAUGGUUAGAGAUGAUCGCUUUUGUUUUCGAGGAGCAUAGUUUCAGUUUGGGCUCUCGUAAUUCUGCCGUCUGGUUUUUCACCACGAUGAUCAUUAUCAUUAACUAGUGGCUAAUGCAAGUAGGUUGAGGAAAGGAAGUAGACGACUGUUGUUGGUGACCUCUCCUUUCUUUAGACACUAGCUCUAGUUUGUCGUGACAAAUUCAAAAAAAAACUUGUUUUUCCUUCACAGUAUAAAAAUGUCCUCUGGCAGUGCAGAAGCGGAAGGAAAAGAGCUCUGAGAAUUGAGUUCUCUCAAGAUGCAAUAUCUUUUGUUUUUUGCUAGAAAGGUCGUUCCUUGAAUUCUAAGGCUCUCGAGAUUGUUUUUCCUUCGUACCUACUAUUCUUGAGCCUGCCACAGGUCCUGUUUUUGUGACGCAGGACCUAGUAGUGUUUCUGUCUUCUCACGCACCUCCAAAAAUGAAGAAAUACAAGUCUUAUCUUCUAAUCCACGCGCUUCUGCCGACGAAGCUUUAACAGCCACUAGUGCUGGUUACCCGAUCCAUUUCCCGUCUUAUUUGUCCUCUUUGGUAAGCACAGAGGCAGACGAAGUUUUCGAUGAAGGGAUCGACCUUGAUAAGGCAAAGACUUAAUGAACUUAUCUAUGUUCUUUAUUGCUGUUUAGUGAUGAAGGGGUCGACCUUGUUAAGGCAAAGGGUAAUGUAUUACAAGAAUGUAGCGGAUUUGCAUUCGGAGAAGACUGGGAGUUCUACUCGGGAUGGCAAUCCAUCACAUCCGGAUUAGAGGAGUUGGAGUUUGACGUCUUGGAGGGAAAAUGAAAUAAACAAAUCGCGGAGGGCUUCUCCUUCUCUGAGUCUGAUUGAUUCACAGAACGUGGAUUCUCCUACUCCUAGAUCGAUUAUAGUUCAUCCAGAUCAAUUAUAGCCCAUCACUCUUCUAGUCGAAGGUGUAUUAGAAGAAGUUCUAUAUUCGGUAUUUUUCCACCGGUGUUUAAGAUUAAGUUAAAGUGAUAGCAGCUCUGGGCAUUAUUAAGAGAGAGGCCUGAAUCUGAAAACUAGGCAAUGUUAAUGACAAGAAAUUACCUUGCCUUUGAAGACACGACUAAAGCUGAAACUUGAAUGCUUCGUUCUCCACUCUUCUACGCUCUACGUCUACGCUACAAAAAAGAAUGAGAAUCAUUUUUGAUGAAGACCCCCUACAACUCAAACCCUGUUCCUCCAACUCAGACCUUGUUUCAAGAGGUGACCCCACUCCCCUUGCCCUUAUCUCUAGACAACCAAAAAUGCAUUAUGAAUCUUCAUCUUGUCUCUAGGUAGACAACCAAAAAUUGACUAUGGCCCUUGUCUCUAGGCAGCCAAAAACUGAUUGCGACCCUUGUCUCUAGACAGCCAAAAGUCGACCAUGACCCCCGUUCUAAUCUCGGUCGGGUCCCAGCAGUGAGUUCUUGAUAGAUCAAAUAAUAUUCAAUAUGGGGUGAAUGAGAAUGACAUGACCCCGCUCUAAUGUCAGUGGUGGUGGCGCCUAUAAUUUUCUAUUGAUCAUGACCCUGGAGGUUGAUGUUCUAAUCUCAGUGGCGGUGGCGCCUGUAAUUUUGCGUGCGGGCCCUGGGAUCACAAUGUGAUUCUGCGUCAGUUAACGGUCAACAAGCGACAGGAAAUUGAGGUGGUUGCCGACGCCCACCCUCUGCAUAUGCAUGUGAAUCAUAUUUACGACUGUGGCAAUUUAUCAUGUGCAUGAUAUUUAGCUAGUCUCUACGGAUGCUACGGACAGCACUAUCAGAGAUGCACGCAUAACAUCACAGUCUGAAUCUAACUAUUGUUCUGGCUCUUCUACUUUAAUUUUAGCCUCAAACGCUCAACUUCUUUAUAGCCAGAAACGUUCGACAUCUCUUGGCGGUAUAUCUAGCCUAUGGCCCCUAGUAUACUAUCCUAGUUGUAAUUUGUAGAUGAGCAUCCUUCGGCUGUGCUGAUGUGAAUCAUAGUCAAGCUCCCCGCAUGUAUGCAUGUGCAUCACGCCCACCCUUAUGCGCAUGGGAUGAAUCAUAUCUACGACUGACUAUCGCGAUUGAUUAUCAUUCCGAGGACAAGAAUAAAAGGGACAGCUAGGACAUCCACAACGAACUUAUAUGAUACAAUCUAACUCUCGCAGAUGAUCGUUGAGGUUGAGGUGGACGACGAGGCUGAGCCUUGUUGCAGACAGAUCAAUGCGAAAGGUGAAGGUCCACAAUCUAGCCUAGCCUAACCUAACCUAGACGCGUAGUCUCCAUGCCUGUGACGACACUCCUCUCUUCUUCUAAUUCUCGCAGAUCGUUGAGGUGGAUGAUGAGGCUGAGCAGCCUGUGGGGAGAUGGCAUAGAGUUGGCGACUGGGUCGACACGUUCAUGGGAGCUGGCGUCGUCCGCUUUCACACCGAUCGGUAUAUGGGAAAAGCAGUGUUGCAUUUAAGACAUGGCGAAAAGUUGUAUUUUUUGAUUAAGCAUGAUUACCUUCGUAUUCAUUCAUUCUUAAAGAAGAGUGACUCUUUACGCACUGACUAGCAUCAGCAGGUCGUAGCUGCGGCUGUAGUAGUUCUAGUUGGAACUAUGAGUAAUGCAGUAUGGUAUAAUUGUCACAUUCAACAACAACAUCGAAGGAAAAUGAGUGUGGAAGGAUAUAGGAGCUUGUAUAAUUGUUAUCAUGCCUUUAAGGCACUUCAAAUUUUGAAAUUUUCAAGUAGCAAAGGGAUCUUUGAGUGGACUGAUCUUUGAAGGUGUAAAAACAAUUCUCACGACUCACCAAGAAUAAUCUGAACAGGGGCCACUCUUCAUCAAUAACGUGAAGGACCGCUCUUCUUGCUAAGAAAGCCCUCUAAUCUAUAAGUAUAAGCAUCCUAUGCACAAUUCUUCAUUAGAAGCCCUUCUGCUCCUCUAAAUCCACUCUACUAAUAAAUUGUCAUCUGCUAAGAAGAAGGCUCUCUAAAACAUAAGCAUCUGCCCUAUACUGUUUCUAAUCUUCUGCCACCUGUUAGAGCAUGAAGAUGAGGGAUGCAUGGCGCAGAUGGACAUCGUGUCUUCUCUCACUCGUUGGUUAAGGCUAGUCAGUCACUAUCUGGUGUGGAGUAUGAGUAUGUCCCUGGUGCUCCACAGCAAGCUGCGUGGUGUGUGGAGUAUGUCAGUCCCAAAUAAGAUACCGAGGGGGGCCUUUUCAUUAUGCUGAGUAAGUUGAGGAGAGGAUCCCCUUUGUUGAAGAAGCGGGGCUCCACUGCUUUGAAACUACUGGGAAAGCAGGAUACUAAUAAAUGAGGGAUCACACUAAAGCUAAAGGAGGGAAGAUCAUGCUAAAGCAAGUAAUACAUAGUUGUGCCACUUUUUUGAAAGUGAGAGGGAGCGGGGAUAUGAUUAAAGGUAAAUUGCUUUACGCCAGGCCCUAGUACGACACAGUGAGUAGACCAGGGAUAGUGAUUGACAGACUGGCGUUAAGUUAGGGAUUCUGUUUGAACGACGCCUUCGAGCCUCGCGUUGCCGGGUUGUUAUGUACGCUUUUGCCGGUACUGAUAUCUGGGAUUAUACUGGCUUUGAAGUUAUGAAAGGAUGUCUGAGGAGAUGGUGAAGAUGAUAGCAGUCUGCUAUCCGCAGGAUAUUAAAACUAUUGAUAUUAUCCCUUUGAGUUUGAUCAGCUAAUUUAGCUUUUAUUUGCUGAAUUUAUGAAGAUGAACAAACAAGAGAGAGUGCUGGUUUUACAAGUUGUCAACUGUUAUUACUUUUAAUAUAAAGAAUUAUGCUGCUGAGAUUUUAUUUCGAGACUUGAGUGUCUACUUCGUAGAAAAGAAUCGCUUCAAAUUUUUGAUGCGUGAUGACCACGAGUGUCAAUGUUAUACAUAGAUACAUCACAACUCCGUUAGUAGAGCGUUGCCAAUGCCAUACAACAACUCAAUCAAGGUGAUGAAUCCAAUCAAGGACUAUUCAGGGAGUACUUCUGCAUAAUACAACUCUAAUAACCACCAAAAGUGCGUGGUCUUGCGGUCGGUCUUGCUGCAAUCGCCUGGGCAGUCCGUGUGGCGCGGACUGUGAUACCUGUGGCCAGCAAGCAGAGAAUACGUGUAUCGAAUUGCGAAAGUCGGCGCUCAUCAGUGGUUAAGGCAUUGCCAGUUGUAUUUGAGCCUCCUUACUCUCACUUGUUGUAAAUAAAGAUGAAAGUUUUAGCUUUACUUGCUUGCUGAUCCAUCUUUUUCAGAUUUCCAAGGGAUGACCAAUUUUGCAUCGGUAUGAGAAUCUUCUCUGUAGGAUGAAUAUGAAGAACAGCCUUCAUCUAAGUAGUUCCAACUCUAACUCUUUUCAGGAGGAACAAAAACAAAAGCAGCAGCGGCGGCACCAACUGCCAUAUGCUCUUGCCUCAUACUGCUAUUAGUUGGGUGUAUUGUCACUUCGAUUUUGCCUAUGGUGAACGAUGGAGCUGGUGGGAUCGUGGAAACGUUUCACCGCAAUGAAGACGACUACUACACCAUGUUAGCCAUCUCAGUGCCAUGCUUCCUGAUAACGGUGGGCUUUAGCGGAGUUUGGGCUUACAAAGUUUUUUUCGAUAACGAUACUUCAGAUGCACCAGCUGAAGGUGCAGGAGGUAGUGGUAGGGAGGAGGAGGAUGGAUUGGCAGAAGGCGUUGGAGUUCGAGUUGCAAAUGACACAGGAAAUAAGAGUCGGGGACGAGAGGUUGUAGGUUUAGUGGCGGCAGCACCGAUCAUGUAACAUGUAGCUCUGUAUAGAAACAAAAGACCAAAUCACCUUGCCAGCACGCUACACCUACAUCAUUAUUAUCCAGUUGCAGAAGUGCCGG